UGAAAACGUCAAUUGAUACUUGUUCCGCUUUGAAAGGUCGAGUGGACACCCUCGCAGACCCAAAACAAACGUCCAUUAAAUGAGGCCGUGCAGAAGAACGGGAGCGCGAAUCCUCAUCUGAACAAGAUCCCGGUUGAUUAUUUAAGGGUGCUGAUCGCUCUCAUCCAUCAUCAUCAUCAUGGGCGAACUCUUCAGAAGUGAAGAGAUGACGCUGGCUCAGCUCUUCCUCCAGUCAGAAGCAGCUUACUGUUGUGUCAGCGAACUGGGAGAAAUUGGGAUGGUGCAGUUUCGAGAUUUAAAUCCAGAUGUGAACGUGUUCCAGCGGAAAUUUGUCAACGAAGUGCGACGAUGUGAAGAGAUGGAUCGAAAACUGAGAUUUGUGGAAAAGGAAAUCAAGCGGGCCAACAUCCAAGUGCUCGACACAGGAGAGAACCCCGAAGUUCCUUUUCCUAGAGACAUGAUCGACUUGGAGGCCACGUUUGAGAAGCUCGAGAACGAACUGAAGGAGAUAAACACAAACCAAGAGGCCCUAAAGAAGAACUUCCUGGAAUUGACGGAGCUGAAGCACAUUCUGCAUCGUACGCAGCAGUUUUUUGACGAGAUGGAGGAUCCCAGUUUACUGGAGGAGUCAUCUACUCUGUUGGACCCCAAUGAUCCUAACAAAGUGGCUCCACUCAGAUUAGGUUUUGUGGCUGGAGUCAUCGGCAGGGAGCGCAUUCCCACGUUUGAGAGGAUGUUGUGGAGAGUUUGCAGAGGAAACGUGUUCCUGCGACAGGCUAACAUUGAAGAUCCUCUGGAGGACCCCACUACAGGCGACCAUGUCCACAAGUCUGUCUUCAUCAUAUUCUUCCAGGGAGACCAGCUCAAGAGUAGAGUCAAGAAAAUCUGCGAGGGAUUCAGAGCAACGCUGUACCCGUGUCCAGAAACCCCCCAGGAGAGAAAAGAGAUGCUGGCAGGAGUGAAUGCUCGAAUUGAUGAUCUUCAAAUGGUGCUGAACCAGACUGAAGAUCACAGGCAGAGAGUUCUGCAGGCUGCUGCUAAGACGAUCCGAGUCUGGUUCAUUAAAGUGAGGAAGAUGAAGGCCAUCUACCACACCCUCAACCUCUGCAACAUAGACGUCACACAGAAGUGUCUGAUUGCCGAGGUGUGGUGUCCUGUCUCUGACUUGGACUCCAUUCAGUUCGCCCUGCGAAGGGGGACGGAGAAGAGUGGCUCCACUGUGCCUUCCAUUCUCAACCGAAUGCAGACCAAACAGACCCCGCCCACUUACAACAAGACAAACAAGUUCACCUCAGGCUUCCAAAACAUUGUGGAUGCUUAUGGGAUUGGCAACUACCGCGAGAUUAACCCAGCACCAUACACCAUCAUCACCUUCCCCUUCCUGUUUGCUGUCAUGUUUGGUGACCUGGGCCAUGGGACGCUCAUGGCCUGCGCUGCUUUGUACCUGGUGUUGAGAGAAACCAGACUGAUAGCCCAGAAGAAUGACAACGAGAUGUUCAGCAUGGUGUUUUCAGGGCGCUACAUCAUCCUGCUGAUGGGAAUAUUCUCCAUGUACACUGGCAUCAUUUACAACGACUGCUUCUCAAAGGCCUUAAACAUCUUUGGCUCCGGGUGGAGCGUCAGACCCAUGUUCGGUGGUAAAGGAGCCAACUGGUCGGAUGCAACCCUUCAUGGCAGCUCAGCUCUGCAGUUGGAUCCAGCGGUAGCAGGAGUGUUUAAUGGACCAUACCCCAUUGGCAUAGAUCCUAUCUGGAGUAUUUCUAUCAACAAGCUGACGUUCUUGAACUCCUUCAAGAUGAAGAUGUCUGUUGUCCUGGGAGUCAUCCACAUGAUAUUUGGUGUCACUCUCAGUCUCUUCAACCACCUAUAUUUUAAAAAGCCACUGAACAUCUACCUGUCAUUCAUCCCGGAGCUCAUCUUCAUGUCCACCCUGUUUGGCUACUUGGUCAUUCUGAUCUUUUAUAAGUGGGUCGCUUAUGAUGCUCAAAGCUCCCAAGAUGCUCCCAGCCUCCUCAUCGCCUUCAUCAACAUGUUCCUCUUCGACUACACUAACAGGCCUCUUUACAGAGGGCAGAUGGGCCUCCAAAUAUUCUUGGUGUUGUUGGCCUUAACUUGUGUUCCCUGUAUGCUGAUAGUAAAAACUCUGGUUCUACGCAGACAGCAUCUGUGGCGUAAACGUUUGGGUACGCAGAACUUUGGAGGGAUCAGGGUGGGGAAUGGUCCCACUGAGGAUGAAGCUGAAAUCAUCCAGCAUGACCAGCUCGCCCAGCAGUCCGACGAUGAACCAGAGCGUUGCGUUUUGUUACCUGCUUUCAAGGCGAGUGAGGAGAAAGAGUUUGACUUUGCCGACGUGGCUGUUCACCAGGCGAUCCACACUAUUGAGUACUGCCUGGGCUGCAUCUCCAACACUGCUUCCUAUCUCAGGCUCUGGGCCCUCAGCCUGGCUCAUGCACAGCUGUCAGAGGUGCUGUGGUCCAUGGUGAUGCACAUUGGUCUUUCCUCCGCAAACUUCGGAGGCUUCGUCGUUCUGUCCCUGGUCUUUUUCUUCUUUGCUGUGCUCACAGUUGCCAUUCUUCUCAUCAUGGAAGGCCUGUCAGCCUUUUUGCAUGCACUCCGGCUGCACUGGGUGGAGUUUCAAAACAAGUUUUAUGGAGGCCAGGGCUUCAAGUUCCUCCCGUUUACCUUUGAAGGCAUUCUAGAAGGAAGACAGGAGGAAUAAAGUAACCGUCCAUGUAAUCGUGUCAUCUGUGUCACUCGAUAACACUUUGUGUUUGAUUAUACUUCCAUGUCAGCAUAACUCACCAGGAACACCUGGGAAAUGAUUCCCAAAUAAAUCUUUUAUUUGAUCUGUUUUCUGUAGUUCAUUAUUGUUAUUUAUGCGUAGUUUUCUCUACGGGGGCUGUGUUUGUAGGCAGGAGCCGUUAACGAACCAGUGGGGGUGCUGUACUGACUGAUGCUUUAAAGAGUGAUUGGUGCAGCUACUCCACAUUGUGUCCUUGUUGUCUUUGCCUCUUUAAGUUAUUGUUGUUCUGUAGUUGAAAUCAAACACACCUUGAAUCUUGUUUAAUUUCUAAAACACAACUCGGCACUUUGCACUUAAAGGCUGAUCUGAGAGCUGUACAGCUUCAAAGAGCAUGUGCUGACAAGUCCAGAUCUCUUCUGACCAUAUGAGCUUUUGUUACUGUGUGUGCUUGUUCUUUUUGAUAAUCUACAUGAAACAAAAAGGGGAAGCUGAAGAUGAUGGCCUGUAACGGUGCAGCGUGUUGUGAAAGCAUCAGUCCUGCUUUGGUUCAGGCUCUUGUUGUCGUCCUUCUGUCAAGUGUUUUCUUCACACUUCACAAUCCAGCAGAAACACGUUUAUCCAUCUCUAGCUGCAUCUCUGUCAGUGAAAGGGGAGCCGCUGAUUCCAUUUAUUUGUCACAUAGGUACAGAUGCUUCUGUUAAAGAAUGAUUUUCAUUUUCCAGGCUUUAUUAAAUCUAAACUGUCAAAGUACAAUAAAACAUCUCUGAAAGCUUC